ACUGUCUUUCGUUCUUUUUCCGGCAUCUUUGGUAGUGUCGAGCACACAUUCAAUUUUGGUGCAAACUAAACAAUGUCUAAAAGAGGACGUGGAGGAUCCGCGGGAGGAAAAUUCCGCAUCUCGCUAGGUUUGCCAGUUGGCGCCGUUAUCAAUUGCGCUGACAACACAGGUGGUAAGAACCUGUAUGUCAUUGCUGUCCAUGGAAUUCGUGGUCGUCUUAACCGCCUGCCCGCCGCUGGAGUUGGUGAUAUGUUUGUCGCCACCAUAAAGAAGGGUAAACCGGAACUGCGUAAGAAGGUUAUGCCAGCGGUCGUGAUCAGGCAGCGGAAACCGUUCCGUAGGCGAGAUGGAGUUUUUCUCUAUUUUGAGGAUAAUGCCGGCGUUAUCGUGAAUAACAAAGGAGAAAUGAAGGGGUCGGCUAUUACAGGCCCUGUGGCGAAAGAAUGUGCUGAUCUGUGGCCACGUAUCGCGUCCAAUGCUGGGUCGAUAGCGUAGGGAUAGACAUAUAUUUAUAGCGACAUGACUUGUUUAAAAGAGGUGCUUCAUGUGACACUCUGUGAAGACCUUCAGGAAUGGAAUAAAAAUGGCACGAGAAUGGAAAAA